CCAGGCGUGGCGACCGAACCCAAUUCUGUUUUAUUUCAUCUCAAUUAUUCCUCACCAUUUCGCCGCCUCAUCCAAUGGCUUCUCACUCUGCGGAUUCAGCUGAUCAUCGCCUCAAAAUUUCUUCAAGUAAAAAUAAUGUUGGAAAAGUUCCACGGAAAAUUCACAAAGCUGCGAGGGAGAAGCUGAAACGCGCCAGCAUGAAUGAAUUAUUCACGGAUUUGGGGAAGACACUUGGUAUAUCUGAUGUAGAUCAUCAGAACAACGGCAAGGCAUCUAUGCUGAGAGAGACGAUCCGGCUCCUCGGAGAAUUGGUUACUCAGAUGGACAGCCUGAAAAAGGAGAAUGCAACUCUCUUAUCUGAAUAUAAUUAUAUCACAGCUGAGAAGAACGAGCUCGUCGAGGAAGCUUCUGGUUUAGAUGCUCAAGUGAAGGGGCUGAAGAGAGAAAUGGACGAGAGGGCUAUCUGUUCAAACGCACAUGUUUCUCAACCAUCGACAACACAGUUACCCGAAGGCCAUGUCGCAGUGCCACUCAUCGGGCAUGCCUCAGAUGCCGCAGCCCCUGUCGUUGGUCCUGUGCUGGUCGUGCCAUUGCAUCACAAGCCACAAUUCCAAGGCUUCCCUAACCCCUUCCCAGGUAUGGAUGGGGCUAAGGUUCCCUCUGGUGUGAGCAAACCGCGCCCCCGUUACCCUUCGUCGUCUGAUUCAUGGCCUUCUCAUAUUCUCACCAAGUAGUGUAGAGUAGAAUGGAAUGGUUGAAGAUGUUUCAGAGUUAGUCAGGCAGCUUUAGUGCUGAAAUGAGGAUCAAAUGGAGCAUUUUGAUGUUUGAGUUAGAAUUCGAUUUUCUUUGUAUAUUGGUUAGUGUAUUAGUUGAGGGAUGCAAAUCUUGUAGGGAACCGUCGUUUAUUCUGUAAAUUGUUUCUACUUUGAUAAAA